ACCACUUAUGGAAAUCCAAGAGGUAACUUCUGCUGAAUUUAAAGUAACAGACCAAAGGCCUGAUCAAAAAACCAGACGUUAUGAUAGACAACUGAGAUUAUGGGCAGCUGCAGGUCAAUCUGCGUUAGAGAGUGCCAAAGUAUUAGUAAUAAACGGUUCAGCCACAUCGAGCGCAACAUUGAAGAAUCUAGUUCUACCAGGUGUCGGUCAUUUCACCAUAAUGGAUCAUCAUACCGUCACAGAAGCAGAUAUCAGCAAUAACUUUUUCUUGGAACCUGAAUCUAUUGGUAAACCACGCGCGACGGAGAUCGUCAGACUGUUAUUGGAAAUGAAUGAUAGUGUUAGCGGUGAAGGUCUCGUUAAGAACCCAUACGAAGUUAUCGAAACACAACCAGAGUACUUCACGAAUUUCUCAGCCGUCAUGAUUCAUAAUCCGAAGUCUGAUUUAACAUCAAAACUUGCAGAGUUGGCAUGGAAUAAUCACUUUCCUUUGUUUGUCAUGAAAACUACAGGAUUUUACGCAUCCCUACGCGUACAACUCCCUGAGCAAACAAUAAUAGAUACACAUCCGGACACUAUUGUUGAUUUACGCUUAAAUAAACCCUUUAAGGAGCUCACUCAAUUUGCAAAUUCAAUAGACCUCGAGAAAGCAACGAAUAAUGAAUACGCUCAUAUACCUUACAUCGUUCUUCUUAUUAAGGAGCUUGACAUGUGGAAGAAGACACACACUGGCGCACUCCCAAAGAAUCUCUCAGAGAAGAGAGAAUUUAAGAAAAUCUUAGAUACACGCCGCAGGAAAGGUAUUGAUGAUCAGAAUUUCGAUGAGGCUCAAUCACAAGCUUACAGAGCAUUUCAAAGUAAUGAUGUACCACCUGAAAUUGCGACUCUAUUCGAUGAUAAUUCCUUAAAGAGCCUUUCGAAGAACUCAUCGCCAUUUUGGUUCCUAAUCGCUGCAUUGAGAGAAUUUACAGAGAGACACGGUGUAUUACCACACCCUGGUACACUCCCAGAUUUACACACAGAUACGCAAACUUACGUAAAUUUGCAAAGCAUAUACAAAAACAAAGCACGUGAGGAUGUCAAUGAAUUGAAGGAAAUUUUGAAGGGUAUUGUCGAUAAGUUUGCCAUCUCAAUUGAAAACUUCAACGAUGAUAUUAUUGCAAGCUUUGCAAAGCAUUCUGGUUAUUUGAAAGUAAUCAAAGGUAGUAGCAUAAAAGAUGAGUAUACAUCACCAAAUCGCGAUCUUGUCUCAAAUGGCUUAAACGAUGAAUUUAUCGCAUCUGCAUUCGCUAUAUACAUCGCAUUCCUAACUUCAGACGCAUUUAGAGAUCAAUACGACAGACAUCCAGGAGAUUGUGCAUUAGAAGAGUAUGAAAACGACAAGCAGAAAUUAUCGGAGGAAUUAAACAGGUUGACUAAUGAAUUAUUUGAUGUACAACCUUCACAAGUUGUCAUCAAUGCCGUCGAAGAGGUAUUAAGAGGUGGUGGUGGUGAUCUACCAAAUACUGCAGCCUUUCUCGGUGGCUUAGCAAGUCAAGAGAUAAUAAAAGUGAUCACGAAUCAGUAUAUACCAAUUGACAACUACUGCAUAAUUGAUUUAGUAAAGAGCACAACGACUGUAAUCAAGGUCUAGG